AUGGAAUAUAAUAAUAACGAAAUUAAUAGCGAAAAUGAUAAUGAAAUAAAAGACAACAACAACAUUGAUAAUACUACCAAUAGUAAUAAUAUUUUAAAUAAAGCUACAACGGCCACAACAUCUGCCCAUAGUAUAAAUGCUCCUAGUCAUGCACCAUUUGCAAUUAGAAAAAGAAAAACACUUGAUAAAUCUGAUUUAAAUAUCAAUAGCAGUGGUAAUAGUGACAAUAAUAAUAGUAACAAUAGUAACAAUAAUGGUAACAUUAGUAAUAAUAUAAAUAACAAUGUAAAUAAUAGCAAUAAAAAUAAUGAUAAUAAAAGUAAACAAGAAAGUCAACAUAAAGUUUUAGAAGACUAUCAAAAAAAAUUAGAGAAGGAGCAACAAGAAAUUAAAGAAAAAAAACAACUAAAACUAAAUAAACAACAGGUAGACCAUCAAUCACCUCCACCAAGACCGCAAAGGCAAAGAGUUCAGCUGUAUAAUUUGCAAGAAGAAAAUAUUGAAGAGGAACAAUACAGUAUAUAUAAUAGUUCGAAUAAUAAUAGUCGUGGUGGUCGAACUAGAAGACAAACCUAUCAUAUAGAAGAAGAGAGAGAAGAGGAAGAGGUAGAGGAAGAGGUAGGGGAGGAAGAGGUAGGGGAGGAAGAGGUAGGGGAGGAAGAAGAGGAAGAUGUAGCAGAAGUUGCAGAGAGAGAUGAAGAAGAGGGCGAAGAAGAAGAAGAAGAUGUAGUAGAAGUUGCAGAAGAAGAGGAAGAGGAGGAAGGUGGUGAAACCGAUGAAGAUGAAAAACCAAAAUAUAAUAUUAGUUUAAGACCAAGAAGGAAUACUACCCAGCUACUUAAUCUAUACGAUGAAGAUGACUAUAGUUCAAGAAAUUCAAGAAAAAGCUCAUAUAACGAUUUACCAAAAAGAAAUAGAAAAACACUACAUCAAAUCGAAUUUGAAAGACAACAGGAACAACAUCAAAAUAAAAGACGAACCAGAAGUAUGUAUUAUGAGGAAGAAGAGGAAGAGGAGGAGGAAGAAAAUAGAAAGCCAUUGGCAACAUCAUCGAGAUCAAGAUCAACUCAUAUAGAUUUAAAUCAAUACGAGCUUGAUGCAUUUUUUGCAAGAAAAAAGAAAAAAAUUGAUAAUCAAAAAGAAUAUAAUAGUAUUAUCGAAAAAUUAAAUAAAUUAGAGCAAGCUCAACAGGAUGAUAUGGAUCAAGAUUCAAACUUAGACAUAGAUGACAAUAGUAAUAAUACCAAUAACACCGAAACUGUACCAACUAGUAAUAUAUCACCACAAACAAAAAUUCACACUAGAAGAUCACUAUCACUUGCAGAAAAUACAAAUCAUAUGGAUGAGUCUUCAGAGUAUAAAAUUCAUCAUACUCCAUCUCCAUCAAAAAAAAUUCUUAUGUCACCAUCAAAAGCCAAUAGUCCCAAUAAAUCCAAGCCUGAUGAUUUAAAUAUUAAACAAACACCAAAAAGAAUUAGAUUGCCAACAGAGCGUUAUGAUCCAAAGAAAGCAAAUGAAAGAUCACAUCCAAAUAGACCAAUUGCUAGACCACAUCAAGCAACCUCAUCACUAUUUUCAAAUAGAAGUGCAAAUAAUUGGAGACCCUACAACAACAAUAUUCAAUUUGAGGAAGAAUUAUCUGACGAUGAAUAUGGCGUAGGCAAACGUGGUUCAUCAGGUCCAUUACCAAUCAACUUGAACAAUCAACUUAAAGAUUCUGAACCAUUAACAGUCGACUCACAAAUUAAUUUCACAUCGGUGGGUGGGCUAGAUAAACAUAUUCAAUUGAUGAAGGAGAUGCUGAUGCUACCACUAUUGUAUCCAGAGGUAUUUAAUAAAUUCAAAAUUCAACCACCAAAAGGUGUAUUAUUUUAUGGUCCACCAGGUACAGGAAAAACCUUAUUAGCAAGAGCACUAGUUAAUGAAUGUAAUGUAGGUGGUCAAAAAGUAUCGUUCUUUAUGAGAAAAGGUGCCGAUUGUCUUAGUAAAUGGGUUGGUGAAGCUGAAAGACAACUAAGACUACUCUUUGAACAAGCCAAAGCAAUGCAGCCAUCAAUUAUAUUUUUCGAUGAAAUUGAUGGUUUAACACCAGUGAGAAGCAGUCGUCAAGAUCAAAUUCAUAAUAGUAUAGUAUCGACACUUUUGGCAUUAAUGGAUGGGCUUGAUAAUAGAGGCCAGGUUAUUGUAAUCGGUGCAACAAAUAGAAUUGACACUAUCGAUCCUGCUUUAAGAAGACCUGGCAGAUUUGAUAGAGAACUCAUGUUUUCAUUACCAUCAAGAGAAGCUAGAUUAAAAAUUUUAUCUAUCCAUACCGAUAACUGGAUUCCUCAACCUGAACCCAAACUAUUACAAGAAAUUUCAGAUCAAACAGCUGGCUAUUGUGGUGCCGAUAUCAAAUCAUUAUGUUCGGAGGCAGUAUUAUGCUCAUUAAGAUCAACAUUUCCACAAAUUUAUAAAACUUCAAAUAAGUUGCAACUAUCAGUUGAGUCUAUUAAAGUAGAAAAACCACAUUUCCAAGAAGCAAUGAAGUUAAUUACACCAUCAUCAAAACGUAGUGUAUUUUCAUAUUCCAACCCAUUAUCAUCAAUUAUAAAGCCACUAUUACAACCAACAUUAAAACUACUAUUAAAAAAAGUUGAAACCAUUUUCCCAAUUUCACAAUUGAAAAUCAACUCUCAGUCAAUAUCUGACCAACGUGAUCAAGACGAUAAUGAAAAUGAAAUAAAUAUUGAUGGUGUUAGUCCAAUGGACACCGAAACAAGCGCAAAUCAUAACAUUUUGUUAAAUAAUAUUUCAAUUUCAAAUUUCUCAGUCUAUAGACCAAAACUAUUAAUCUAUGGUCAAUAUGGUAUGGGACAAAUACAAUUGGCAAAUUCACUACUUUACCAACUAGAAGACUUUCCAAUAUUUUCAAUCGAUAUAUCAACUUUAAUUAGCGAUCAAACAUCAAAAACUAUUGAAGAAUCAUGUAUUAGACUCUUAACAGAAGCUAAAAAGGCAGCACCAUCAGUAAUCUAUAUACCCAAUAUAGACUCAUGGAUUGGAAAUCAAUUUGGUAAUCUUUCAGAUAUAUUACUACACUUUUUAAACACAAUUGAUUCGAACCAAUCAAUUUAUUUAAUCUCAACUUUGGAAUCUAGUAAUCGUGAAAUCUCACUACCCAUCGAACAAUUAUUCUCAACUAAAUUCGAAAUCCCAUCACUAUCAUUAAACUCGAUAUCACUAUUCUAUGAAAACAUCUUUAAAGAUAUCAGAGAAAUUGGUGACUCAAUCAGAAAAAAUAUAAACAACAAAAUUAAAGAAGAUGAACCCCUACCAGUUAUACCAUUCCAAACCGAUGAGGUUAGAGAAUUAAAAAAGGAUAAGCAAUUAGUUAGACAGCUUCGUAUAUUAAUACGUGAAAUCGUUUCAAAAAUUAUAUUUGAUAGAAAGUAUAUCACAUUUUUUAGAGAUGUCAAUAUCGAACAAUUUCCAGAAUAUUAUGAACUCAUUAAAAAUCCAAUGAGUUUGCAAAAAAUUUCACAGAAAUUAGACUCUUUUGAAUAUAUAUCUUUGAAUUCAUUUUUAAAAGAUAUAGGUUUAAUUGUUACAAAUACAGAUUUAUACUACCAAGUCCACGAUCCAAAUUCUUUAGAAUCAAUUAAAGCUAAUUCUAGGGCCAAACAACUUCAAGAUGAAAUUCUAUCAAUGGUUGAUAAUAUCGAUCCCAACUUGGUAGUAUCAUGCGAAAACAUUUCUAAAAAGUACAAUAAAAACCCAACAGUGUUGUUCUCAAACCAAACCAUUGCAACAAAUAGUAAUACCAGUGCCAACACCAGUAGCAGUAAUUUACAUCGUACUGUUAACAACAACAAUACAAUUAAUAGAAAUGACAGUAUUUCAAAAUUACAAAUUAAUAAAGAUAUAAAUAUAAAUAUACCCUCAAGAAGUGCGAGACUUAGAGGCGAACAAGCUCCAGCUUUAACAGACGAAAUGUUUCAGCAAUUCUUUAAAAAGAAAAGAAAGAAACCUUCCUCUUUUAAAGAUGAAUUGGGUAGUCCAGUUUCAAAUUUCGAAAAUGAUGAAGAAAACGAAAAUCAAGAUAAUUUUAAUGAAAAUAUAGAUAAUAAUAAUAACAAUAAUAUUGACAAUGAAAAUAACAAUUCCGAAAAUCAAGAACUAUGCAAUACUCAUGAAAAUCAAAAUGAUGAAUCACCAAACAACAACUUAGAUACCAAAAAUGAUAACUUGAAUGUAAAUAAUAAAUCACCAAAUGAUGAUACAAAAAAUAACAACUUUGAAAGCCAAGCUAAUAAAGAAAAUAUCGAUAUAAAUACAACUAUAAAUCAAAGUCCAAAAACAAUUUCCAAUACAGCUACAGAUAUAAACAUUAAUACAGAUCUUAACUCAAAUGUCACAAUUACCACCAACACUUCAAACACCAAUAAUGAUAUAUCUAAUACAACCACAAAUGAUGAUAAUAAUGAUAAUGAUCAAAUGAUAAUAGACAAUAAUAAUGAGAAUAAUAAUAUUAAUAAAGAUAAAGAAAAAGAUCAAGAUCAAGAAAAGGAUCAAGAUCAUCAACAAGAACAAGAGCAAGAACAAGAACAAGAACAACAAGAACAACAAGAACAAGAACAAGAACAAGAAGAACUAGAAGAACAAGAACAAGAAGAUGAUGAAAAUAAAAGAAUAAAUGAAGAAAAUGAAAGAUUAGAAAAUGAAGAAAAAAAUAGAUUAGAAAAAGAAAAAAUAGAAAGAGAAAGGUUGGACAAAGAAAGGGAAGAAAAACAAAAAGUUGAAAGAAAAGAAAAUAAUAACAAAUUAUUUGAAAUUGAAAAAGAUUUAAUUAAAAGAUUAGUAACUUUUUCCUCACUAUUCAAUGUUGAAAGAUUAUUGGAAAACCAUUCAACAAUUUGCAUGAUUGCAAAUCAAGUUAUAAAAGAGAAUACAAGAAAUAUCAAAGAUGAAAAUGAUAUAUUCAAUAUUUUACAAACAAUAUAUUCAAGGAUCGAUUUUAAUUUUUCAUAAUUUAUAUUUAAACAAUAAAUUAAAUAAAUAAAAAUUCAUGUUAAUUUAUUAUUGUAUUAUAUAAUU